AUGGCCGCUCAGAGCUCUCAAUUCCAAGAAGAAACAAGGAGUAAUUUUCGGAACACAGGUGCAUCGAUUAAGAAUCUUGAAAUUCAGAUGAGUCAAAUAGCACAGCAAUUAGCAAAUCCUCAGCAACCUGGUGCUCUACCUAGUGCAACAAUUCCAAAUCCCAAAGAUCAUAAUAAUGUGAGUGCCAUAAUCACUAGAAGUGGUAAAGCGAAAGAAGCUGUGAAGGAAAGUGCCGAAGAAGAAGAGCCAUUGCUGGAAGUUGAUCUGGAAAUAAAGGAGAAUGAGGUAGAAGCUGAAGAUUUGGUUGUUUCGGAACCUGUGAAGAAAGAGAAGGUAGUUGAGCCAAAACCCACCAUUAAACUUCCUUUCCCUACAAGAAAUAAGAAGAAGGGGCAGCAUGAGAAGAAAUUUGAAAAAUUCUUGGAGAUGUUCAAAAAGCUCGAGUUAAACAUUCCAUUCCUGGAGGCAUUGGAGCAAAUGCCUACAUAUGCCAAAUUCAUGAAGGACAUCAUCUUAAAGAAAAGAACCAACGAUCGUGACCCUAUUAUUCUAACUGAAACUUGUAGUGCUAUUUUGCAGGGUAUGAUGAUCCCGGUGAAAAAGAAGGAUCGAGGUUCCAUGACUAUCCCUUGCACAGUUGGGGAUUGGUCCUUCAAGAAAGCUCUUAUUGAUUUAGGAAUUGGUAAAGUGCAAGAUAAAAGGAUGACACUCCAAUUUUCCGAUCACUCAGUGAAGAGACCAUACGGGAUAGUAGAAGAUGUGCUUGUAAAGAUUGAUAAGUUUGUGUUCCCGGUGGAUUUUGUCAUCUUAGAGAUGCCGGAAGAUGAAGAAAUUCCGAUAAUUUUGGGAAGACCAUUCUUAGAGACGGGGAGAUGUUUGAUAGAUAUAGAAGAAUGA